UCCGAUAACUUCCUGUUUCAAGGAUACACAUUUUUUCAGGAUAAUAGAAAAAAAAUGUUAUAAACGCUCGUUACAGAAUUUAAAAAGACCAGUCAUGCCUUUUAUGAAAGGAAGAGCGCCUGUUAGGCGAACAAUGAAAUAUCUUCAAGAUGGUGCCCUGCAUUUAAAAAGUGAAAUUCAAGUUAUGACAUUAAAUUACAACAUCGGACCCGGUCAACAGGUUCACAGAGGAGCAUUAGAUUUUGUGUUUUGGCAUCUACCUCAACUGUUGUAUAAAAAUCCUCAUACUCAAUUUGUUACCUUUAAGAACUUAACACCGACUCCUGUUUUCCAGUUUUUCUUCAGUAAUGGAAAGAAAUUAGUUAUUGAUGUAGAUUCUCAUUCAAAGGAUGAAAUUCAUUCAUUUAUCAGAAGUACAUUGUGUAAAACAGAAAUGGAAGUAGAAGAAGAACAAACAAAAGAUGAGAAGAAUCCAGCAUUAUUUGGACUUUCUGACAGUAAAAAGUGUAUAUGUCAGAUACCAGGACAGGUUCCCUGUUCAGGGGCUGUCAUCUUACCUCCUCAAAUUAGAGGCAGACAUAGAUAUACAAAAGAAUCAUAAACAUCACACACUUUUUUUUUAUUAAAUAUAAUUUUUACUCUU